GAGUGACGUCUCCGUCACGAUGCCGCUGGGUGAAGUUAGAGAGAAGUUUUGACAAGCUGGUCAAAGCUCGCUGGAGGCGGAAUCGAAGACAGCGUGUAAUUUUCACGACAAAUAAGAUUCACCGCCGCCAUUUCCUUUGGGGGGAAAAAUGGAAACUGUCGCCCAGAAAGUUCUAUCUUCAAGGUUUACCCUCGACUUGGGUCCCCUCAAAGAGCCAUUGGCGUUCAUCCGGUUGCUCGAAUGGGUGUUCGCCAUAUUCGCCUUUGCCACAACUGGAGGCUACAGUGGUACUACCAGCAUCAAUGUCCAGUGCCCACAAAGCCAGAUUCAAGAGAUCCAUGCAGACUUCAAUUACCCUUUUAGGUUAAUGGAGCAUCAGUAUGAGGUUCCUAGCUGCAAUGUCAAUCACACCAAGCCACAGUUGUAUGACCUGACUGGAAACUAUGCAUCGUCGGCGCAGUUUUACGUCUGCAUCGGAGUGUUGGCCUUUCUGUACAGCACCGCCUCCCUCGUUGUCUAUUUGGGCUUCCAGCAUUUGUACAGAGAAUCCAGUCGGGGCCCACUUCUGGACCUGCUGGUGACCGCAGCCUUUGCAUUUAUGUGGCUGGCUUCCUCCUCUGCUUGGGCCAAAGGCUUAUCCAACAUCAAGUGGGCCACCAGUCCAUCAACCAUUCUGACUUUUCUCAGCGUGUGCAAGGACUCCACCAACAACUGUACAGCUGGCGCAACACCUCACUUCGGCCGACUUAAUGCCUCAGUGAUCUUUGGCUUCCUUAACUUCAUCUUGUGGGUUGGCAACUGCUGGUUCAUUUACAAGGAAACUCCUUUCCACAAGUCAGCCGAGCCUCCCGCCGCAGAUGUGGAGGGUGGUGCCCGACCGUCGUAAUUCUUCCGGCUCCCUUAUCCCAGAAUUGUCUUAGCGCCAUGUCUGCUUAUUUUGGAGCUACAAUGUGUUGAAGAACAGCUGCAGGUUAGAAGCUGCAGGCCAUGUUUUUUUUUUUUUUGUUAAACUCUGCAGGCAGGUUAGAGUACCCCAUUUCCAUUUAGUGCCUUUAACCAUUUUUUCCCCCCUUGACUCUCAAACUUUGGCGCCAUGGUCCUCUCAAAUUUUUCCAGAAUACCUGCUUCCAAUUUUUUUUUUCCCCAUUUACAAUUCACUAACAAAAGCUACUUCCAACCAAAAUGACUGACUUAGUGUUCAAAUUUGCACAUGGGUCCUUGAGCCUUUUUCAUGCAUCCAGUUAUGAUAGUCAUGCCCACCCAAUUUCGUGGCCUUUGGUGAAACUGGGAAUGGGGGCUUAUUUUAUUUUUUUGUCCCCCCCCCCAACUUUCAAUGGGGUGCUUUUGAGUGAUUUUGUAUCAUGUGUUGGAAAUACAGCCUUUAAGUGACUGCACGACUUUCAGGAUUAAUGCAAACCUUUGAAAUUAUUUUACUCCCCUUUUGAUGAUUAGUUUAUACAUUUAAAAAAUAUAUAUAUGUAAAACCCAGGAAGGAAAAUAGCUCUGGCUCUGAAUGCAUAUGCUUGUGCAGGUCUGGACUCUAAUAAUAAUGGAGUAUUGUAACUGAGAAUUCUACUUCUCAGUUCAAUUUUUGAAUGAAACAAUUUGUUAAAAAUUGUCAUUUGGUUGCCAAAAUGAGUUUAUUUAAAAAGUGUGCAAUUUUUUUAAAUUGCAUUUUCCCAUCUGUUGACAUGCAUGACAUAACUUGGCUAAUCGCACAAUUGUUAUUGAUUUUAAAUUUUGGGAUUUGGAAUUGUCGAUUUAAAUUUUGGUCUUUAGAAUUGCUUACACAAACUGACAUGAUUUUCUCUUUGUCAUGUGAUUGAUAUGAAUUGAAGACUUGUCAUCAUCGUGAAAGUCAGAUUGUAUGUCAGUGACUAAAACUUCAUUUUUGAACUUAUCUACUUUGUUACAAAAUGUACAAUGCAGUGUACAUCCACAAAACAAAACUUCUGGAUAUGUUUGUUGUAAACAUUCUUCAGUGAAGCCUGAUGGUGGCCAUUGUUGUUACGUUGUGUUAGUGAACCAGAAUUUAAAACAAAAGUAUGGAUAACAAACAGCGAUGGCAGUAGAAACAGUGGAUUAGGGAUGCUUUGUCUGUUCACUAUCAGUCAAUGGGUUGUUCCUCCUUGAAAUGUGCAUUGCUAUAUAGCUAUAUAUGUUUCUUAUUAACUAGAUAAAUAGUUUAUCAUUG